AUGGCAAUUUCCAAGAGAAAAGUAGAGAUAUGGCUUGACCUUGCAGCAACCAAUGAGCGACGCGGGCAACCUGUGGGUUGGUUAUCCUCUCAGGUCAGUCCUUUCCCGCGCAGCUUUAUCGUCACAGACAUGGCAUUUAGUAUGAUCUCGAAGGAUACAAGACUUAUAUGGAGUAUAUCAAAUAGCUCAGAUGAUAUAUUUGUGAAACCUAGCUUACUAACGCCACUACACGAUGCAGCUCAUGAGCUAAACUUGAACUGCUGCAAAUUUCUAAUUGAAAGUGAUAUUUAUGACGUGGAUUGUCGUGCAAAUGGUUCCGUCACCCCGUUAAUGGUGGUUUGCACUGUAGCUGACAGAAAUGAUGAAGCUACAGCAGUGGCCCAAUACUUUCUCGAGCGUGGAGCGAAUCCAAACGCUCUAAGUAAUAAUCUAAAGACACCGUUUGAUCUUGCCAUGAACUCAAAAAACUACAGUUUGGCUAAUCUGUUACUUAGAAAAGGUGCUGUUCCUAAAUAUGCUAGUAUAAAUACAUCGGAGUAUUUACAUCAAGCCGUGAGAUGCAAACAUACGGAAAUGAUAUGGAGACUUACCAUGCUUGGAGCGAAUUUAUUUCAAAGGGACAAGUUUGGUUAUACACCUUUAAUGAUAGCUGUUAAGGCGAACUAUUAUAGUGGUGUUACAUUUUUCCUCGAUGCUGCCCGAGAUCAGUGCACGAAUUUGAUUAAUUUUCAGUUGAAUGAUGGUUCAACUUGCAUACAUUUUGCUGCAAGCAGUGGAUUUGACCUAAUUCUGAAACUGUUAAUAAACAGAGGGGGAAAUUGUAACCUGACGUGUGCACUGUUUUCGACUACGGUCCGCCCUAAACUUCAUCCGAUAUGUUGCGCAGUAUUGCAUGAUCGCGACAAUUGUGUCCGUCUACUUUUGCCACACGUUGAUAGAAGUGUAUUGGAUGAAUCAGUUUUAGAUCCAGUUAUGGCUGCUGUCAUUGCAGGCUCUUCAAACUGUCUUGAUCUGUUAUUAGAUGCUGGUUAUCCUGUAAAUAUCCCACUAGGUGAAAUAAUGUAUACUUAUAUUAACCCUUCUUAUUUGGAACCAAUUUUUGGAUGCAAAAGACUUUUUACGCCCUUAUAUGAAGCUAUUUGCAAAGGUAAUUACACAUCAGCAGAAAAGCUGAUUAAAGCUGGAGCCGAGAUGACAUACACAAACCACUACCAUUCGCCAUUUUUAUACGCUUUACAAAAUUGUAACGACGACAUUUUGCUCCGUUUUUUAUUAAAUAACGUUGAUAUUAAUGCUAUGAGUGAUGCGAGGAAAUGCGAUGUUCCGGAUGCACUUAUUAUCAGCUUAAGUAGAUUCAAAUGGCAUCGUCUUGUAGUGCUUUUAAUUAGUGGUUUGGAUCCAGCGAUAAAAAAUUGGUGUAAAUGCAAAAAUGGUGGUUAUUCGUUGUUAGAUGAUAUCUUAGCUACACACGAUAUUAACACUAUUCAAGAAUUAUUACAAAUGUUAGUAUUGUUUUCGCCAGGCAUUCCAAAUUGUUGCCGUGAAGUUGCAAACGUUGUUAUGUCUGAACCAAAGAUACCGACGCUCAUGCACUUGUGUCGCCUUGCUGUUCGCAAGAACUUUACGACGUCUCAGCUU